ACCCCCCCCGCUGUCAGAGAGACGCACACAACAGACACAACACCCCCGCAACCUUCCCAACUGGCCGCUCCAGAACAGCUGUGCGCUCCCUUAACGAUGCCGCCCAGACCCUCAACAGCCUCAACAGCCAAGACCCGCCUCGGGCGCCUCCUCGCUUUCGCCCUCCCUUUCGCCCUCCUUGGCCUCCUCGCCCUCGUGCAAACCUCCGCCGCCGCCGCCGCAGCCGCCGCAAUAACAACAGAAGAGUACAAAGCCGUCAACAAGCUCGUCACCCACAUCCCCCCAUCAAAAUUCGCAGAAACAAUCGCAACAAGCACCCGCCUCGUCUUCUUUGGCUCAAACAGCUGCCCACACUGCCGCGAAUUCACUCCCGCAUGGCUGAAAGUCCAGCAACGGGUCGAUAACCUCGAGAAGGAGUUUUACCUCCACAAAGUCGAAUGCACGGGACGGGCCGACAACGAGGACCUGUGCAAUGACCAGCAGAUCACCGGCUACCCUACCGUUCGGCUGUUCCAUAACGGGAAGCAGAUCGAUGAGCCGGCAGACGUGCAGGAUUUGGAGAACCUGAAUGUGUAUGUGGACGGGCAAAUCGCGAAAUAUGCGUCCGACAAAGUGGCCCUGGAGAACUUGAAGGCGUUGGCUGCGGCGGCGCCGGGGGGUGUCGAGGGGCAGAAUAUCAACCUGGACGGGCGGAUGGUGCAUUUGACCGACAAGACGUUUGAGAUCAUGACCAACAACACGCCGUGGUUUGUCAUGUUCCAUGCGCCAUGGUGCGGGCACUGUAAGCAGCUCAAGCCGGUGUUUGAGGACUUGGCGCCGGCGAUGAGGGGGAAGGUUAACAUCGGCGCACUCAACUGCGACGAUCACCCUAAGCUGUGCAAGAGACACAAUGUGCGGGGAUACCCCACCGUCAAAUUCCUGGAACUGCCGGGGACAAACAUAGAGUACAAGGGAGCGAGAUCGUACGAUGCGCUCAAGAACUACCUGACCAACCUAUCAGGCCGAAAGGCCCUCGAAAUCGUUACGUCCGCGCAAAUCCCCAAAAUCCUCCAACAAAACGAAGUCGCCUUCUUCCUUUCCCUCGGCGGCCGCUACAUCCAACACUCCGACGCCCUCAAAGCCUUCAAAACCGUCGCCACCAAUUUCCGCAAUGACGCCCGCUUCUACGUCACCAUCGACUCAGCCGCCAACACCCUCUUGAAACCCCCCCCAGGCAACCCGCACCUCCUCGCCCUAAAAGACAACGGCGAAACCACCAUCCCCUACAUCGGUGACUACCACAACACUGACUCCUCCCGUCUCUACAUGCGCCAAUUCAUCGCCGCCCACAGGUACCCUCGCGUCACCCACCUCGACGCCAACAACCAGGAAGAGAUCCUGGGCGGGGAUCGCCUGGUCGUGAUGGCCGUCAUUGAGCCGUCCUCCGCGCGCCGCACGAGCAUCAAUAACGCGUUGAAGGACGCGAGCAGGGCGUGGGCGAAGAAGGAGGAGGCGGAGAAGUUGCAUGAUCUGGUGGUUUUCACGUGGUUGGAUGGGGUCAAGUGGGAGAAUUAUGUGGAGAGGGUGUAUGGACUUAAUCGGGGGAUGUUGCCGGCGCUGGUUAUCUCCGAUCCGAAGGAGGACAAAUACUACGACACAGACAAAACAGGCCGCUCAAUCGGCUUCGACAAGGAAUCCCUCCUCGCCGCCAUCGACGAGAUCCUCGAGGGCGUCGCAAAGCCCAAAUACACCGCAGGAAUUCUGGGCCGCACCUCCCGCAAGCUCUUCAAAUCCCUCGACGGCGUCGCAACAACCGCACGGAGUAAUUUCUGGACACUGUUGUUUUUCAGCGUGCUGGUGGGCGUGGCGUAUGUGUAUGGCGCGAUUCCGGGGUUGAAGAGGGGGAGGAAUGAUCCGAAGGCUGAGUAGGAAGGAGGGGGUUUUGAUGUGUAGGGUAGAUCUUUGAUCAGGGGGAGUUCUUUUUGUGACUCGUGCUCUGAAGCAUUUCUGGCUGGACACAAAACCUCCGCGCGUCAAUGCAACAAACGUGCACUUGUGGGGAACAUGGAGACCGCUCGUCAACCACGACCGCUGGGAUAUUCCUGAUGGAUGGGCCGCUAUAAGCUGUUUUGGAAAGUUUGGAGUGGACCGGGGGCCUGUUCUGCCUUCCCGACCUGGCAAUGUUAUUGGCUGUUGAACAACUCGCGCGGCCGGCUGUUAUUAUUGGCUGUUACUCGCACAUGUAACCCUAACUGUAGAUUAUACCGCGCGGCCGGCUGUUAUUGGCUGCUUACUCGCGUGCAACCC